CUCACCCCUUCUGCUGCCGCGGGAGGGACUCCAGCUUUGGAGCUGUCAAGACUUGCUCGGGGAUAAUAGCUCCAGCAUGGUGUUUUUCCCCCUCCCCUCUUCCCGCUAGGAAGAAUUUUUGGCAGAGAGGGCUCCGUCUGGAAAUCUGUUUUGCCUGGGCAAAGCUGUAAAAAAGAGGGAAAUGUUUACUAAUAUUCAGGGCGGUCAGGUUAAAGAAAACUCCUCAAGGAAGACAAGAUUUAAAACCCAGAAGUGGGCUGCCAACAAACUUCAUUUACCUGAAACGAUCCUAAGGAGAGAAGAUGUACACAUUACAGGAAAAGCAAUGGUGGCUUGGAAAUUACCCUGACAUCUGCUCAAGGUGGAAGGUCUUCAUAGAGAGGCAUCAGCAGAGCCUAUGGAACUGAGGCUAAGAGCAUGAUCCCCGCUGAAGGAACACAAUGACCAUGAUGUUGGAGCAAGGAGAGCUCUAAUGGAAUGAGCCCGCAGCAUGCCUUCGUCAGCCUUCGGCACCAUGUCUGGGACACGCAUUCUCUUCCUCUUCUUCCUCAAACUUUUUGUAACUGGCUGGACCCAGGGAGCAACAGUCAGUGCCCCUUAUCUGAAUGUUGGGGACGGAACAGUUUUGGAAUUCAAUUUCCCUGAGCAUAGCCAGGGUGUUUUGUUGGUCACUUGCCACUAUCCGGGAUCAGAUGCCUGGCUGAGUGCAUCUUCGCUGGAGCCUACCGUGGUAGUCAUAGAGAAUGUCAGUGCCUCCUGGGGAGGGAGCUUCACAGUCAGAUUCCAGUCUGGCUUGGCUGGCCUGGCCCCAUUGCAACUGAGAUUGUUAGAACAGAAUCGCCUCAUUGAAGAACGAGCUGAUUUCCGGAUUCGGGUUGACACUUCUGAUCUGGAGCCAAGUAUAAGGAUGAGCCUGGGUCACUUCUCAGAGAACCCGAUCCUCUUUGCCCUCCUGCCUCUUAUCUUCCUCAAUAAAUGUGCAUUUGGCUGCAAGGUAGAGGUGGAUGCUCUCCGAAGCCUGGUUCACCAACCUCAUCCUAUCAUGCUGGGCAUCUUAGGCCAAUUUGUUGUCAUGCCCCUUUAUGGCUACCUCAUGUCCUUGGCCUUCUCUUUGCCUAAGGCACUGGCUUUGGGGCUAGUGAUUUCUUGCUCCUCCCCCGGUGGUGGCGGUGGCUAUCUCUACAGCCUUCUACUGGGUGGAGAUGUCACUGUGGCCAUCUCCAUGACUCUUCUAUCCACAAUAGCAGCCACUGGGCUCAUGCCCCUCUCCUCCAGCUUCUACGGAUGGCUGUUGGGAGCCCAUGAGACUCUGCAUGUGCCCUUCCUGAAGAUCUUCAUCACUCUCCUCUUCAUCGCAGUGCCCAUCUCUACUGGCAUGCUGGUCAAGUGUAAGCUGCCCCGUGUCUCCCGCCUCCUCCUCCUCCUCAUCAAACCUUUCAGCUUCACCCUCAUCAUUGGAGGCCUCUUCAUGGCUUACCAUAUGGGAGCAUUUAUCCUAACCAGCGUGCGGCCCCCCAUCAUCCUGGCUGGCGUUACUGUGCCCAUCUUCGGCUUGCUGCUGGGCUACCUGCUGGCCUGGUGCUUAGGACUGCCAGGGCCACAGCGUCGGACGGUCAGUAUUGAGGUCGGGGUGCAGAAUAGCCUGUUGGCCUUGGCCGUGCUGCAACUCUCCUUCCAAAGGGCCCAAGCUGACUUUGCUUCCCAAGCUCCCUUUAUUGUGGCCCUGAGCAGCACGUCUGAGAUGUUGCUGCUUGUCUUGGGGAACUUGGCAUACAACAAACUCUGUUCAACUGGCUCUUAAGACCCCUGGGAAAGUGGAGGCAGAUACCAAAGAUUUGAACUCUGGGUGUGGCCUGAUCAGAGAUGGAUACCAAAAGCCUUAGGAGCUGGAUGUGAGGCACCCCCUUGGUAGGGGUGUGGCUAAGCAAGACCUCCGCCUGAAACCCAUGAUGGGGUGCUCAGAUACCAAGGGGCCCUUUGCAGGGGCAUAUCCCACAAGUUGUGAUGUGGGGGGAACCUGAGCUUCUCUGUUUUUUUUUAAUUCAACUUGUUUUUCUAUAUAGCAAGAGGUAUCUCUGGAGCUUAACGUUUGAGUUGCACAGACCGAGGGGGUAUAAUGGGGGUGAAUCUGUCCUAUUUCACCUCACCCACUCAGCGGGAUACAGGGUUUGAAUAAAACACAACUGAAGAUAA